AAAAAUGUGAAAGGGAUAAAAGGUCAAGCGACGACGAUCAAUUGAACGUUUUGUUGCCUGCCAUUUGGGAGCGUUCUACCAGUUCCGCGACAAUGGCCAACGCAAUCGAUAUACCCAGAUCUACCGUUAGCAAAAUGUUAAAGAGGAAUGGGUAAUAACCAACAAAAAUAAUUGUUGGGUCCUGAUUUGGAGAUUAGGAGAACAUUUUGCCAAUGGGGCUAUCAAAUGGAACGAGCAACACCUAACGUUUUCCAAAAUGUAUUAUUUUCUGAAGAGUCAACUUUCCAGUUCCAGGAGUGCUAGCCCAAACAGUCAUCAUCUUCACCAUUAUAAUGUAAAUCGCAUAAUACAUACUUAAUAUUUUUAACAACUCGCGUCUAGCGACAGCAGAAAAUUCCUGGCUUCCGCAUGCGCAAUAAUGUUUAUUUAUGUUUGGGGGUUAUGUUGCGGCCUUCAAAUGUUUGGCGCUCAGCGGCAACCCAGCUUACAGCAUUUGUGGGAUCUCGAUAGUUCGAGGACGAACGGCAAUAGUCGAUUACGCCAUGGAAAUCCCGAAAAUGCUAGAAUAUUCGCCGGUCGACGAAAGCCGGUGCGCUGAUAUAAAUACAGGAGAGACCGAACUUAAUUUAAUCAGAUUUAGACAGCUAUCAGAUAUAGUUUGAAUUAGUGAUUAUUGUAGUUAUUUUUUGUGAGUUGAAUAAAUUGUUGUGUUGUUAAUUUUUAUUACUAGAAUCCGUCGAACCCCGGAAAAGUUUUAGCCGAACUGUUACUAUUACAAAAUGACUAACGAAUGUUCAGUAUGUCAAAAGAAAUUUUCUAAACACUCAAAUUUAAGAUGCCACGUAAAAAAAUUCCAUCCUGAUUUAUUAAAUGAAGUCGCACCAAAUAAAGUGUUUAAGUGUUCAGCUGUUUGCAACAAAUGUAACAAAACAUUUACAAUGAAAUCAAAUUUGAAACAGCAUGUACUAAAAUUUCAUGCAGAGGAAGAGAAUAAGCUGACAUCGUCAAAGGUUUACCCAUGUGAAAUAUGUCAGAAAAACUUCUCUGGUUUAAAUCAUUACAUACAGCACAAAAAAACACAUCAAGGUGAAGAGAGUGUUGAUAAACUCGUACACUCAUUCCAAUGUAGUUUGUGCAAUAUUGUAUGUGCUACAAAAUUGUCACUCAUAAAUCAUUUUGAACAAGACCACGGCAUCAAGAUUUCAGUUACUGCAUUGGAAUUUUCUAAUGAAUCUGAUUUUAAAAAUUGGAAAAGUAAUUUAGAAGAAAAAUCAUAUUCCCAGUACGUGUCCUUCUGAAAUGCAAGUUACAGUGUUAGAAAAUGAUGAGCAUAAAAUAACAUUUACGGAAACGCAUAUAGGACAUGACCAAGAUUUAGGACAUCUACAUCUUACCGUUGAGCAAAGAAUGGACGUAGCUAAAUAUAAGCUUAGAAUCUUGGAUAGGUGAAGUACAUGAAAGUGGAACUGUAGUGUAUUAUAAGCCUCAAGGUAGAUCAUGCAGUCGACACUCAUAUUUAAAGGAAGAAGAUUUUAUGCUUAUCAUAAUGCAUCCAGGACAAUUGGAGAUUCUGCAGAAAUUCUCGGAUGACUGCAUUUGCAUCGAUGGUACCCAUGGACUUAAUUCAUAUAAUUUUGAGAAAAAUGUUUAUCGGCAAUUACGAAUCAUGCUGCAAGAGAGAGAUAUAGCAGCCUUUUCGAAAAUGUUGAGUAAUUUUAUAUCUUUAAUGCAGUCUUCGUCUGAAACAAAAGAUUUCGGUGACUACUUUCAGCAAUAUUACUCUAAUAAUAUUACGUCAUGGGCUUACUGUUACCGUCUGGGUGCAGGUCUAAACACUAAUAUGCAUAUUGAAAGAAUGCAUCAGACUAUCAAGUACCUUUAUCUAAAGGGAAAGCACGUAAAACGCCUAGACAAAACAAUCAAUACUCUUAUGAAAUUUAUUAAAGACAAACUAUUUCAAAGAGUUAUCACCAUAAACAAAGGAAAAAUUACUUCAAAAAUUAAAGAAUUAAGAAAGAGACACAGAUUUAGUGAAGAAAUUGUGGUUGCAAACUAGUUUGCUCCUCUUGUUCAGCUUGUCUGCAUUCCUACUCUUGCACAUGUUUAGACAAUAGCAUUUGUUGGAACAUGUGCAAACAUGUACACUUAGUAUGCCGUUAUAGAAGUAUGAACAGCUCUGAAGGUAAUAAUAUUUUUAAUAUGGUUUUGGAUAGUAGAAUAUGUAAGGUAUGU